AUGCUGGCAGAACAGAGAGUGAUGUACCCUAAAGAAAUAUCUGAUCCAGUCAGUCAGGAUGGAGCUAUAUCCUUCACAGAAGAAGCUGUGUCCAUAUUAAUGUCCAGCAGCAUGCUAGCCCACUCUUUUCUUAUCCAUCCCAGAGUUCUGAAACACCAAGAAAGCUCUGAGACUGACAGCCAUAUCGCACUGUGUCGCAAACUUGAGUCUAUGCUUCCCGAUAAAAAGGACAAAGGUUAUUGGGACAAGCGCAAAAAGAACAACGAAGCUGCCAGGCGUUCACCUGAGAAACGCCGCAUCAACGACAAGGCGGUAGAAAACAAAGUUCUGGCUCUUCUUGAAGACAAUGCAUGUCUGAAAGCUGAGCUACUGGCACUUAAGUUCAAAUUCGGUUUGAUCAAAGAUCCCACAGAUUCACCAGCACAGACCUGCUCCUUUGGUUCACAUAACUAAACAUUUCCAGCAAUACGCUACAACUGCCCCAAUACAAACUCACAACCUACUUUUGGUCAUCUGUUGUCGAUCUCAGAUCAUGGUGGUCCAGAUGGGGUGCA